ACAUACCGUAUUUUUUCCUUUGUUUUUUGCUCUCUUUUCUUAGCCUUUGUGUGUUAGCGCUAAACUUUUUCUUUUUCUGCCUAUAAACUUUGCUUUGCUUUUGAGCAACAAGAAAAUCAUUAAAAAUCAGUCACAGCUAAAUCUCACUACUGUUUCAUAAAACUCAUGAGCAGCAGCAAAAUCAACGCUCCAACUGCUGCUGUCUACAUCAAUUCAAUACCAGAUGAAUCGAAAAGAUCAUAGCCUUUUAUUUCUUCCACUUUUCAGGCUCAACCAUGGCAAUGGCAACGACAAAUCACUUCUUUUCUUUCUCUGUUUCGCCCUCUCCUUCUCCUUGUCAACAGCGCAAAGCCAAACGCCCGCAGGUCCGCCGCCACCACCGUCCUACCCCAACUCCUCGGGACCGGCUGGAAACCAAUUCAAUCCAUCGAUGGCGAUCGUCAUGGUGGUUUUGGUAACGGCGUUCUUCGUCAUGGGAUUUUUUUCGGUUUACGUCAGGCAGUGCACCGAAAGGAGGACGCGAGGCGGGAACUGGGACGCCGCCAUGAAUUUUGGGCGGCGGUCAAGGAGGUCGAUUCGUGGUCUGGAUUCGUCGGUGAUCGAAUCAUUCCCGACGUUUCUUUACUCGACUGUCAAAGGACUGAAGAUCGGAAAAGACACGCUUGAGUGCGCCGUUUGCUUAAACGAGUUUGAAGACGACGAAACGCUGCGUAUGAUUCCUAUAUGUAACCACGUGUUUCAUCCCGAUUGCAUCGAUGCUUGGCUCUCUUCUCAUUCCACGUGCCCCGUUUGCCGUGCCAAUUUGGCUCCAAUGCCCGGCGACACGACCACCUGCGCCACCGCCCAAAUAAACGAUUCGGACUCCGAGACCGAAAACAAUAACACAAGCGAUGAAACCGGUCAUCUUGAUGUGGUUAAUAGGGCAAGGGACAUAGAAUCGCCGGAGGUGAAUUUGAUAAACUCAAACACGGCAAAUAAUCAGAACAGGCAGCAAAGGUCACUGUCGACGGGGUGGAUGUUGACCCGGUUGUUUCCCCGGUCUCACUCGACGGGUCACUCGUUGGUGCAGCCGGGCGAGAAUUGUGAGCGGUUUACGCUAAGGUUGCCAGAGGAUGUACGGACCCAAUUGAUGAACUCGAGUUUGAGCCGUACUAAAAGUUGCGUGGCGUUCCCCAGAGCGAGGAGUUCGAAGAGGGGUUAUAGGAGUAGGAGUUUAGGGAGGAAUUAUUAUAACUACGAGAGGUUCGAGAGGCCGGAUCGGUGGGGGUUCACUAUGACUCCGCCGUUUUUUUCUAGGAUCGGAUCGGUUAAAUCACCGAAACCGGCGGUUUGUGGUGGCGAUGAGGGGUCGGCUACUCCGCCGAAGGGUUUAUAUAAAUCCACUAAAUCGCCGUUUGAUCGUUUGUUCAUCGGAGGGGAGGAGAACGUAGGUGAACAAUCUUCGGACAGGCUACGGUCUGAAAGUCAAGUAUAAUAGUUGGUGGUUCAUUGGGCUUUUCUUCUUUUGUUUUGAGGUUUGAGAAUUGAAUUUAUGUGUACAUUGGGUUUUCUUUUUACUUUAUUCUUUUAUAUAUAUAUAUAUUUAUUUUAAGAAA